CAAAUACAGGCCUCUGGACGACCUUGACAGUUCCAACACGCGAACGAAUAGCUGAAUAAAUUUCUCCUGUCAUCCUCAUUUCGCUGCCCUGCGCCACGACGUCGGCUCUGCAGUCCCUUUUCCCAUCGCGAUACCCGGCAUCUGCACUUUGCCCUUCUCUUUCUUUCCCUCAUUUGACACUUGCAUCUUCUCAGCGAGCGUGAUUCGACCGCCUGCCCUGCAUCAUAGCUUUGACACAAUGGGUGAAUCCAGACAAGAGCUUCUCAACUGGCUGAACAGCCUCCUUCAGCUGAACUUGACCAAGGUCGAGCAGUGCGGCACUGGCGCCGCGCUCUGUCAGGUGUUUGACAGCAUAUUCCUCGACGUGCCCAUGUCCAAGGUCAAGUUCAACGUCAGCGGUGACUAUGCCUACAUCCAAAACUUCAAGAUUCUGCAGAACACCUUCCUCAAGCACCAGGUCGAUAAGCCCAUCCCCGUCGAGCAGCUGGUGAAGUGCAAGAUGCAGGAUAACCUGGAAUUCCUGCAAUGGACGAAGAAGUUUUGGGACCUCAACUUCCCCGACCACGACUACGACGCGGUUGCGCGACGGAAAGGUGCCGCGGUGGCGCCGGCCAACACUGGAGCGCCCAGGGCUGCUAUCUCGAGCGCCGGCGCCCGACGAGCCGGCGGCGGCACGACGCCCAGCACCGGCCCUCGCCUCGCCAAGGCAGCGCCGGGUCCCGGCACCGCUGCCUUGCAGGCAGAGAUUGGGACUCUUAAGGAGACUGUUAGCGGCCUGGAGCGCGAGCGAGAUUUCUACUUCAGCAAGCUGCGCGACAUUGAGCUGCUGAUUCAGCAGGCCGUGGAGGAGGAUCCCGAGCUGGAGAAGCAGGAGGACGGGCUGGUCAAGCACAUCCAGACCAUCCUGUACUCGACGGAGGAAGGCUUUGAGAUCCCGGCUGAGGCUGAGGGUCUGGACGACCAAGAGACCUUCUAAGCUGAAGCUGCUGGAGAUUGGAGAUUGAUCACGUGAAAAGGGGGGAGAGGAAGAAGGAUGCGGAGGGGGAUGGGAUGGGGGCGCGUUUCGAAGGUGUUGGUUCCAGGCAUACAUGUAUGGCCAUUCAUUGCAUGACGG